ACGUACUGGUUUCCCCCGCGAGCGGCUCUUUCGCCGGGAAAGAGGACUCCCGCUGACGUCACUGCUCACGAGCCAGAGGUGUACCGGCUCAGCCAAUCAGCGAGCGGGACGCAGCUGGAUAUAAAAAGUGAGCGCUGCACACUGGGAGCGGGUGAAACUGAGACAGCAUCUGGCUGCAGCGGCACUAGUAGCAGGCGGGCGUGAUACUCUGCAGAGAUGUCUGAUCUGCUGCAGCUCAGCCUCAGCAAGAGGAAGAGGUUGGCAGAGGCCACCCCGGAGGACAGGGGGACAUGUAGCAGCAGCAGUCCGUGCAGCAGCGCUGAACUGAGCAAGAGGAGAGCCAAGAAGCAGCGCAGGUACCUGAGGCACAGGAAGCAGAGCCUGCAGCUCCGGAGCUGUGACUCCGGCGUGUGCGACCUGUAUGAGACCCCCAGCCCUGCAGUGGAGGCACGCAGACCUGUGAUUGCCACCUAUGACCCCUGCCCGAAGACUUCGCAAAGCUUGUGCCUACAGAACUUCCGAGACUAUGGGGAGGAGGGCUACAUGUUCUGCAAGAGCCUGGAGACCAAGUACCUGGCUGCACAGUGCAUGGCCAACCAGCCUCAGCUGAAGCCAGAAUCUCGCUGCAAACUCAUCAGCUGGCUGAUUCCCGUGCACAGACACUUCAACCUGGGCUUCGAGUCCUUGUGCCUGACAGUCAGCAUCCUGGACAGGUUCCUCUCCUGCACCCCUGUGGCUGCUGACUGCUUCCAAUUAGUGGGCGUCACAUCACUGCUCAUCGCGUGCAAACAGGUGGAGACUCGCCCCCCGCGAGUGAAGCAGCUGCUCGCCCUCUGCUGUAACACCUUCUCCAGCGAACAGCUCCGCAAUCUGGAAUGCAUCAUCUUAAUCAAGCUCCAAUUCCAGCUGGCAGCGCCCACUAUCAACUCCUUCCUGCAGCAUUUCUCCCUUUUGCACGUAACUGAAGGGAAUCUCCCACAGGUGAACAAAUCCCUGGCACUGGCCAAAGGCAUAGCAGAACUGAGUCUGGCAGAUUAUGCUUUUAACUCGUACCCACCGUCCUUAAUUGCUAUUUGCUGCCUGACGCUGGCAGAUCGCAUGUUGUGCCAAGAGAACCCCAUCAGCACGCAGGCCAGCGGGUAUCCUUACAGGGUACUGCAGGAGUGCACGGACAAGAUUGAAUUGCUGGUCUCCUUAAACCAGUAUUCGUUACGCUGCCUGCUGCCCAGCGGUGUCCCUGAGAAGAGUAUGGACUUGGACAAUUAAUGACUGAUUUUUAUUUUUUUAAUUAAUGACUGAACGUUUCUUGAAGCUCCACAUUGUAGCGAAGUGACCAGUAUAAAAAAUAAAAUAAAAUAACUUGUAUACAAUGCAACUUAAAAGGCUGCUAAACGUUUACUAAUAUAUUUGUUAGCACAAAGAAUGACUUGAUUUUAUCGAAGGAUACUGACAUACUUCCUAUCUAACAGUAUUGCAUUUUAGCUAAAUACUUGAAUACCUUGAAUAUUUUUAAUUUAUUUAUAGUGGAAUAUUUCUUUAAUGAGUUUAUGUAAAAAAAUGUUUUCUUUUUUUUUUUUUUUUCUGUAAACUGAUAUGUGAAGUGUAAUUUGUAUAAUUUUUACAUUGUUUCUAAUGCACUUUUUAUGUUGCACUCACAUAAUUUAUUUGU